UCCCCUACCCCAUCCCGAUUCCCCCUCCCUGGAGGUGCAGGUGCCAGCGCUAGGCAGCCCGGCCCGGCAGACAGACGCACGCACACACGCACGUACGCACGCACGCUCUGCUUUAGCUCCCGGGCAGCCGAGCUCGCGUCGGCUAUUCCGCAGAGCCAGGCGGGUGGAGGCGGCGUUAGUGGAAGGCGGCUGAGCUGCGAGCCGCUCUCCCCCCUCCCCUCCUUCGCUUCGCCCCGCCGAGCCGACCUUCGAGUUCCCGCGCGGCAUGAACCGGGUCCAACGAGGUGGAGCAGGCGGUAGUAGCGGGGGAAGCCGCGGCCUCGCCACUAUGGAAGUGAAGAGCAAGUUUGGUGCAGAGUUCCGUCGUUUUUCUCUGGAAAGAUCAAAGCCUGGCAGAUUUGACGAAUUCUAUGGAUUACUUCAGCAUGUUCACAAAAUACCCAAUGUUGAGGUCUUAGUUGGAUAUACAGACAUUCACGGAGAUCUCCUACCAAUUAAUAAUGAUGACAACUACCACAAAGCGGUCUCUACUGCUAAUCCUUUGCUUCGGAUUUUUAUUCAGAGAAAAGAAGAUGCAGACUACAGUGCCUUUGGGACAGAUACCAUGACAAGGAAGAAAAACGUCUUAUCCAAUGUGCUCCGUCCCGACAACCAUAGGAAAAAGCCACACAUUGUUAUUAGCUUGCCACAAGACUUCAGGCCAGUGUCUUCGAUUAUCGAUGUGGACAUACUUCCAGAAACUCAUCGCAGAGUGCGCCUUUAUAAAUACGGAACUGAGAAGCCUCUAGGAUUUUACAUACGCGAUGGCUCCAGUGUCAGAGUAACCCCGCACGGGCUAGAAAAAGUUCCUGGUAUAUUCAUAUCCAGGCUGGUUCCUGGAGGCCUGGCUCAAAGCACAGGUUUACUGGCUGUUAAUGAUGAAGUCCUAGAAGUGAACGGUAUAGAAGUUUCAGGAAAAAGCCUCGAUCAAGUUACAGAUAUGAUGAUUGCAAACAGUCGCAAUCUGAUCAUUACUGUGAGACCAGCAAACCAGAGGAACAACGUUGUUAGGAACAGCCGGACUUCUGGUAGCUCAGGACAGUCUACUGAUAACAGCCUUCCAAGUUACACUCCACAUAUUGUGCCACGCUACCAACCCGAGGAAGAAGACAGUGAUGAAGAUGAUAUAAUCAUCGAAGAUAAUGGGGAGCCACAGCAAAUUCCAAAAGCUGCCCCGUCCAGUGAAAGUCUGGAUUCACUGACACAAACUGAGACCCACCAUGAAUCCAUGCAGAACGGCUUCAUUUCUUCCAGGGAAGUCAACCUGUACUGUUCCACAAGCAGCAUUAACAUGGAAUUUAAAAUUCAGGAUUCUGACCAAAAGACCUUUGAAGAAGAAGGAACAAUCAUCACAUUGUGAAAGUGUUUUCUUUGCUUUUUUUCAAAUUACGAGGCCAAAAACUAUCUCUACUUGGCAGCACCUAUACAGUACAUACCUCUUCAUUAUUAUAUUUCAGUGGCUUUUUAUAUUAACAGAAUGGAGUUGUGAUUCACUUCAUUUGUUCCAUUUUGAUAUCUCGCUGAGUUGCUGUUAUUAUUAUUAUUAUUAUUUUUGAAACAUGGGCUGGCUCUUAUCUUACAUUUUCAAGACGGAACAAUGACGCUACUGCUCAAAAUGGUGUAUUAUAACGUCCUGUUUUCCAUUUGUAAGGGCCAGUUUUUGGUUCUUAUCAUAUUUUGGGUCUAUCUGCAUAUUUUUAUCUCAUUGCACACCUCUUGAAGUCAAAUGAGAUCCAGCCCCGAGAAUGCCUUAUUUUAACCUAAAAAUAUUAAUAAAACAAAGUAAUUAAACAUGAGAUACCACCAUUUUAACCAAUGUCCCAAUAUGUAUUAAUUAAAAAAUUAAGGAAUGAUUUAUAAUAGAUCAAGUUUCAGUUUUCAUAAAUCUUACUGCAAUUGUGCACACAACUGUACUUUGGAUUUUACUAAUGGAAUGGUUAGUUGGGAGGUAUAAUUAUUGUUUUUAAUUAAUGAAUCUUUGACUGUAUUGUGAUUUAUUCCUGGCGCUGGAGGAAUAAAUUUCCAGUGGGUAAGGCAACUUAUUGAAAGCCAGUUGAAUUGUUACGCUAGGUCAGGGGUGUCAAACUCAUGGCGUCACAGCGGCAUCACAUGACGUAUCAGGACUUUUCCCCCUUCGCUAAGCCAGGGGUGGGUGUGGCUAGCACGUGACGCAUCCAGUCCGCGGACUGGGAGUUUGACAGCCCUGCUCUAGGUCUAUCACUUAUAGUUAUCUACGCAUUCAGUGAAAAACGAUGUGAUCAAAAAUGUUGCAAUGCAACCCAAGCCCAUUAAAAGUAGUGGGAUUUUCUGUUGUUGCAGAAUGUGGUGUCAGGACCUGGUGUCCUUGAGCAGCUGCAAGAGCCUUGACAAACCCACUCUUUUUAUCUUGCUCCCCAUCCCUACCUGUUUUUUUAACAUUCAGAACUAGAAUUAAACUAACCUAACCCAUUUUAUGUCAUUCAGUGGAAUUAAGAGAAUUUUGAGAAUGCUCAUUGUUGCUAGGAGCACUACCAAUACACCCAGGUGAGCAAGCAACUUCCUUUACCUAAGAGCAGGUCCAUUAAAGAACCCUUUGCCCGGAAGGCUACCAAGCCAAGAAGUUGACUCUGGGGUUUUAUUAUAUCUAUAAUGUGAAUGGUUUUUUUUUUUUUUGGUGGUGUUUUUAAUUCCAAGUGCAAGUUAAGGAUAAAUUUGGCAAUCAGGUAUCUUAUAUAUAGAUUUGUUUUUAACAAUUAGAAGUAUCUUCUACAGUGAAGAGAUCUUUAAAGAAGGCAAAUUGUAUAAUCAUAAACGUGGGAAAUAUCAUUUGAACUUUUUUCCCUUUGACAAAAGGCUUUUUUUUUUAAUAUAAAGCUCUAAGCAAAGGAAUUUUUUAUAUUUAACCUUUAGGAAUAUGUUUAUACCUUUUUUUCUUUAUGUAGUUGUGAUUGAGGUACAAUCCAG